AUGGUUCAAGGUAACGGAUCCGAGUCUGCACGUAGACGCCAGUUCUCAAGCUGCGACCUCUGCCGCAAAUCGCGCAUCGCAUGCGAUGCUGCUCAGCUACAGGAGCGCCAACUCACAGCUCCCGAGACUCGCGCAUCCAGAAAUCAAGCAUCCGGGAUUUCCGACGCCGCUUCGACGCGGAUUCAGUGUACAAACUGUUCGAAACGGGCUGUGCCCUGCACAUAUGAGUGGAUUCAAAGUCACGCAAGCAAGAAUGCAGCGGCCGCAGUAAGGGAUGGCCAUAGGUCAAAGACUCCCCGUCAGUCAUCUCGUCGCUCGGUUCCGAAUCGGUUCCGGACAGCUGGUACACGGGCUGUGACCAGUGAUCCAGAGACGACUGUAGUAAUACAGCACCAUGAAGCUGCGCGUACCCAAUCUGCUGGGACGGCAAAUGAACGUGAAAGAAGCUCGCAGUUGACGCGAGAUGGCGAAUUAUCACGACAGAUAGAGGCCAUGGCUCUUCACAACCAGCUCUGGAAGGUCUUUACCCUCAUCUUUGAGCCCGUCCUGACACUCUGGACCGGGCCUGAUUGCAGUCCAUAUGUGGUCCCCGAUCAUAUGUCCAGCCUGACAAUGCUUCAGCUCGCUGUCUCCCUUGAUUGGGCAACCUGUGAAGGCGACGCCAGUCAUGCCUCAACUCGCCAUGCUUGCCCACGAUGCGAUCGAGAUGUUCGCCUGGCACUCAUCGCUUCAGUACAUACAUUCUCUCUCCGCUGGCUUCCGCUGGUGACGGACAGCGCAGUAGAUAGCCAGCAACUCUCGUUGCUUGGUGAUCGGCUCUGGCACAAUGCCAAGUCUAGAGUGCUGUCCAUCUUUGACAAAUUGAGCUACCAGACGGUUUUGGCUCUGUAUCUCUUUGGACUCACUCCCAUUUGCGACGCGGUUUCAAUGGAUGUGGAGAAUGCUCACAGCGCUGGCGAGGUCAGCGUCGAUAUGGCCCUCCGUCACAUCCACAGGCUGAGAGUGAAACGACGAGAUCUCAGAUUCUCCGGGACUGGUCUUUCAGUCGGUCGAAACGGUGGACAGGGUUCCGGUGCUCAUGUUGCUGUCAACGAAGACUUCAUCCAUGCCGAAAAUAUGAUGUACUGGGCCGGCGUCGUUUUUGACACCUCUUCGGCCAUGACCAGAGGGUGUCCCUCCAUCCUCUGCAGUGGAGUUUUUGGCUUCGAAGAGGAGCCGAUUUUCCGUCUAAUGAAAGCUCGGGUUCAGCUAUUCCAUGAGAGUACAGAGCCAUGGCGACAAAAUGGGUUUGUACCAACCAGUCAAUCUACUCUAUAUAUCGUUCAUCGGGCAUCGACUUGGAAAGGAUACACAUGGAAAAUAAUCGGUGCGCUGCGAGAGGCGAUAAACCAUGGCUACGACGAGUCCGUCAUCGCGAGACUGCAGAUACUCAUCGGCCAGGCUUUAGAGCGCUUUGAUAGAACCUUCAAGCCACUCCUGGCCACCUGCGAGAAACAUCUCUUGUUUCUCAGCAAAGAUGCUCGACUAUGUUAUUACCUUCUUCAGCUGCACUAUCAUAUGGGAUUACUCCUCCUGUGUAGUAUAGCCGUCUCGAUCGAGCGUUUGGAUCUCGUCCCCAAGUUUGAUAUUGUUCGUCGCGAAUCAGUUCAUGCAAUCUUCAGCACAAUCAGCUUCGGACUCAGGUGCCAGGUAGCGCUCAAUCAGGACGGGACACAGCGUGACCGCAGACUGUCCUCGAUGAUCAGCUUGGAUCCGUACCCGCACCAUAUCCUCGCGUCGUUACAGCUAUCGGCUGAUGUUCUGCUCGUCUACCUGGAGAGAGAUGAGAUUGCGAAAGACUCAUUCGAUGGAUUUUGUGGAAUCGUCUUUGAUGCGCUUAAUGAGCUACCUCAGAGCUUACAAUCAGUGCAGAGGGUGAAAAAGCUCAUGCAUGAGAAGUUGAAUACCGCUGUUGAGGCUCUCGAUACAUAUUCGAGUGCACGACGCGAGCACCGGAUACACAAUGAAGAUGCCAUGUCUGAAACAAAUGAGCUGGGCUCAUUGUCGUCCGUGAACAUGGCAGAUGUCGAUGAGGCAGGGCAUAGCAGUCUCACCAACACACUGUUCGCUAGGCCUGCAGUGUGGCUGAGAUCAGAGGCUGUGUCUUAG